UGGGCGGGGUCACCUGCCUGCACUCACCUGAGUGGGUGUGUCGUCAGCACCUAUGACAGGAGACAGCUCAGUGUCAGCUCUGAUGUUGCUGGGAUGGAGUCGUAAAGGGUUAGAACAUCAGUUGUGUCUGCUUGGAAGAUUCACACUCACUAUUUGCUCAUUAUUACCAGGAAAAAAAGUGAUGGCUACUGUGACUUGAGCACCUGCCACACAGACUGACUGAAGCCUGCUUUAGAUCUCCAUCAUCAGGGGCCCAUCUAUACUUCUCAGUGUUACAGAAGUGAAACUCUAUUCAACCACUGGUUCCCAUUUCUCAAUAGAAAAGCCACGGGGUGCUGUGCAUCAUGUCCAAAAUCUGGUAAGAAACAGUAGAGACAAGAGUCCGUGUUCAAAGAAAAGCAAAAGAGAUCUCAACGGUUUGAAAUGCUCAUCCUCUUCCACCAGAACCACCACUCGUGAAGAUAAUUUGGGGUCUAAAUACACCCCUGUUGUAAUUGCUCUUACCAAAAGACCCAGGCAAGAUGGCACAGAGCCGCCAGUUUAUUUGUAUCCCCUCUCGUAGAAUUGUAGGUCAUACCAGACACUCUGGUCCUACUUCAGAAGAUGUGAUGAGGGCAGAAAACUCCGACUUCUUCCCAUCCGUCAGCUUGGCUGUGGUUCUGUUUCUCAUUUUUAUUUCUGUCCUUUCAGUUUUGUUCCAGCGAAACACCGGUUAUAUCACCAUAAAAAAACUCUCCGAUGUUAAUGGCAGAGCUGUCCAAUUCCACCCUCUGCUCUACAGACAGCCACUGUUGACUCAGCUGAUGGUGGGAAGAUUAGUCAAAAAUUGGGAUGAGGGAACAAUAGUAUUAGCAGCAGCUGAAGAUGCUACCCAGACACUGGAGUGCUUUUCCAUCAACAUCAUGGCAAUUCUUUCAAAUCAAAUUCAACCUUUCAUCAAACAGGUUGGGGAACACAAGCCUCCUGAAGCCAUCAGGAAUCACCACUUCGCCAGAAUUCCAAAAGCCUUCUCUGUAGCAGUCAUAACUCGGACAAAGGGGAACAUUUUCCAUGGAGUUAUUUUGGGUCCUCCAAGCCUGGUGACAGGAAAUCUUUAUGUAAUGGAGAUAAAGCUUCAGGCUUCAGGUGAGCAGUCAACUGUAUUAGAAGAGCCUUUGGACAUAGCCAUUGAGCUACUACAUCAUCUCUACAAAUCCAAACCAAUUCCAGACACCUUUGAGGUCAGAAACUCUACACGACAACAGUUGGGGGUCAUCAAAAUUAAAGGAGAUCCUUACCUGGAAAGCGGGCUUGUGUGUUAGCCUUUGUCUUUUUUCAAAGAUGUUUUACAAGCUAUUUCAAGCAUUGUCAAAAAUGGGACAACUGCGGUAGUCUCUUCAAGUUGGGAAUGGAGUUUAUGGGGAGAGUUUUAAAGUGGUUCUCCAAAAAGACUACUUCUAUACGCUCAUAUGGGGUUGGGCAUUUACAACCAUGAGACCGCUCAUGAUGAAAAGGAGCUGACCUCCUUCCCACAAUGCUGGUUUCCUAGCCAUCUCUGGAUUCUAUAACUUCUCAAUCAUUUAUCUGGAGCAAGCAUGUAGCCAGUAAAGUCAGACCUCCUGGUCCACAUACUUGCAAGGGGGAAGUGACUCAAAGUAUUGAAGGCAACUGGUUGUCAAGAAAGCCACAAAACUAAUUGUCCGUCAGCCUUCAUAUUUAUUUAAUGCCAGGUUUCCAUUGGUUGAAUCUUUAAUAAUGGUCUGAAAAGAGUCAGGAAAUCACUUCAAUCAACUGUAAUAACCAAUAAGAUUUUUAGCAUUUUGUCUACUGUGCACUGGCAGAAUAAAGGGGAUAAUCUACUAUC